AUGAGCACCGAUGCCAGCCACCUGCCUGCGGGAUCCCAGGAGGCGAGCGGGGCUAUGUGGACUCCAUCCAGCUGGAUGGCUUCCGACGUCCCUCCCAACGCCAGCACCUCCUUGGCACAGCUGGGUCAGCGGCAAAGGGCGGAGGAGUGGGGUGGCAAUACCGGAGAGAUGGCGGGCACGGUAGUGAUCCAGUGUAUCUAUGGCCUGGUGUGCCUGCUGGGGCUUCUCGGCAACUCACUGGUGAUCUUUGUCAUCCUGCGCUACGCCAAGAUGAAGACGGCCACCAACAUUUACCUGCUCAACCUGGCCAUCGCCGACGAGCUCCUCAUGCUCAGCAUCCCCUUCGUGGCGACCUCGGCUGCGCUGCACCACUGGCCCUUCGGCCGGGCCCUGUGCCGCACCGUGCUGGGCGUGGACGGGCUCAACAUGUUCACCAGCGUCUUCUGCCUGACCGUGCUCAGCCUGGACCGCUACAUCGCUGUGGUGCACCCACUGCGGGCAGCCACCUACCGCCGGCCCAGGGUGGCCAAGAUGGUCAACGGAGGGGUCUGGCUGCUCUCGCUUCUGGUGGCCUCGCCCAUCCCCAUCUUCGCCGGCACAGCUGCCACGCACGACGGCCGAGCGGUGGCCUGCAACCUGCUGUGGCCUAGUCCGGCCUGGUCAGCUGCCUUUGUGGUCUACACGACCUUGCUGGGCUUCCUGCUGCCGGUGCUGGCCAUGGGCCUCUGCUACCUGCUGAUUGUGGGCAAGAUGCGGGCGGUGGCUCAGCGGGUGGGCUGGCAGCAGCGGCGGCGCUCGGAGGGGAAGCUGACCCGGCUGGUGUUGAUCGUGGUGGCCAUGUUCGUGGUGUGCUGGAUGCCCUUUUAUGUGGUUCAGCUGGUGAACCUGCUGCUGCCCGGCCACCUGGAUGCCACGGUGAACAAUGCCUCUCUCAUCCUCAGCUACUCCAACAGCUGCGCCAACCCCAUCCUUUACGGCUUCCUCUCGGAGAACUUCAGGCACUCCUUCCACGGGGUGCUGCGGCGCUGCUGCGACGCCAGCUUCUGCUGCUGCUGCCACCCGGACCUGGGCGCCGCUGAGGAGGAAGAGGAGGAGGAGCCGCUAGAUUACUGUGCCGUCCCCAAAGGGGAGGAGACGAGCAAGGGCUGCAUGUGCCCAUCUUUGCAUUGCCAGCGGGAGCCGGUGCACCCUGAGCCCUGCUGUACUCCUGGCACCCUCCUUGCAAAGACCACCACCUUCUAG